AUGAAACUUAUAACGUUAUUGUCAUUAAUACCCAUUACAAUUGCCACUAAUUUAUUUGAUGUUGAUUCAAAUAAAAAUAUUAAUAAUGAAUGUUGUGAUUUAACUUAUAAUGAAAUUAAUAAUAUAAAUUCUCAAAUUCGUUCAAAUGUUCAUUCAUUAGUUCAAAAUGAUUAUUUCAAACAUUAUCAAUUCAAUUUAGAUAUGCAAUGUCCAUUUUUUGAAUGUCAAUCUAUAUGUUUUAGUCCAGGUUGUCAAUUAGAUCUUGAUGUUCAUACAAAUGAAUAUGAUUAUGAUGUUGAUGAACAAGUUGAGAAAUUAGGUGAUAUUAAUCAAGAUUCAUUCUUGGAUUCAUUAUGUCCAAAACAACAACAAGGUCAAGCUCAGGAAGAAGAUGAUGAAUGGUGUGAUUUAGAUGAAAAAAAUGGUGUUAUAAUUGAUAUUUCAAGAAAUCCUGAAAGAUUUACAGGUUAUAUUCCAACACCAGAAAGAAAUAUUUGGGGUAUGAUUUAUCAAAAUCAAUUAGAAGGUGAAUGUGAUAUUGAACAAAAAGUUUUCUUCCAAAUUAUUUCUGGAUUUCAUUCAUCAGUUUCUACUCAUUUAUCAAAUGAAUAUUAUAAUAAUAUUACAAAUUCAUGGGAACCAAAUCUUGAAUUAUUUAAAUUUAAAGUUGGUGAUUUCCCUGAACGUAUUGAAAAUAUUUAUUUCAAUUAUGCAUUAGUUAUUAGAUCAUUAUUGAAAAUUUCACCAUAUUUAAAUGAAAUUAAAUUUAAUACUUUAGAUUUGGGUAAAGAUCGUUCUAUCAAAAGACAAAUCAACAAGAUAAUUGAAGCUUUACCACAUGAUUUACAGAUUUUCAAUGAAGAUUUAAUGUUUGAAAAUUCAGAAAUCAAAGAAGAAUUCAAAUUAAAAUUUAAAAACGUUACAAGAUUAAUGGAUUGUGUUACAUGUGAUAGAUGUAGAUUAUGGGGAAAAAUUCAAUCAACAGGUUAUGCCACUGCAUUGAAAAUUUUAUUUGAAUCACCAAAAGUUUUGAAAAGUUUGAAAAAAAAUGAAAUUAAAUCAUUAUUUAAUACUUUUGAUAGAUUAACUAAAUCAAUUGAAUCAAUUCAAAAUUUUAAUUAUUUAAAUCUUGGUAUUGAACCUGAAGAUGAAGUUCCAUUAGAUAAGAAUACAUAUAGAGCACCAUCAUUAGAAUCUCAAGAAGAUUUUGAAUUUGAAGAUGAUCGUGAAGAAUUUGAUGAAGUGAAUGAUAACAAGACAUUAAAAUCUGCAUUUUAUCAAGAAUUGAAUGCAGUCAAUGGUGCAUUAAAAUUUAUUUUUAAUAGUUAUUUAAACUUACCAAAAAACCUUUUCCAUAUUGGAUUAUUUAAAUUCAAUCAAUGGUGGAAUUUAUUUAUUGGUAAUAAAGCUUAUUCACAAGAAGAAUCUGAAGAAUAUUUAUAUAAAAUUUUACAAUAA